CUCGUCCCUCGAGGGAGCGCAGCGCACGCAGGACAUCACACCCGGACGCUCGCCUCCGCCGCCUAAGAGAGAAUAUGGUUUUUGCCACAAGAAGAUGGUUCUACCUGCCGCUGGGCUGCAUGAUGCUGAUAAAUCUGAUUAAUGCGGAUUUUGAAUUUCAAAAGGGGGUGCUUGCCAGCAACAGCCCAGGGAUCAUGGAAGACAUUGAUCUCCAGUGCUGGAAUGCUUGCUCUUUGACACUGAUAGAUCUCAAGGAAAUCAAGAUAGAGCACACUGUGGAUUCUUUCUGGAAUUUCAUGUUGUUCCUGCAAAAAUCCCAGCGGCCUAGACAUUAUAAUGUCUUCUUAAGCAUAGCUCAGGAUUUCUGGGACAUGUAUGUAGACUGCUUGCUUUCAAGAUCCCAUGGAAUGGGCAGAAGACAGGUGAUGCCUCCCAAGUAUAAUUUUCCACAGAAGAUAACAGGAGGUAAUUUAAAUGUGUACUUAAGAGAAUAG